UGCCGAGAGACUUGCUGGGAGGGGCGGUGGCUGCGGCCAGUCUCCACCGAAAACCUGCACACUCUCCAUUCACGACGGCGGGCUAGAGUCCAGGACACAAUUGCCACUUCAGCUUCAGCAGCGACCUCCCCUGAGGACUGACCCCACAGCAGCCCUCCGUCCCUGCAGAAUGUCCAACCAGGAUUUGAGUAUCGCAGCAAAACUCAUCAACGGAGGUGUGGCGGGGCUCGUAGGGGUGACCUGUGUGUUCCCCAUCGACUUGGCCAAGACUCGCCUGCAGAACCAGCAAGGGACGGAUGUCUACAGAGGAAUGAUUGACUGCUUGGCCAAGACCGCCCGGGCCGAGGGCUUCUUCGGCAUGUACCGAGGGGCCGCGGUGAACCUAACCCUGGUCACUCCAGAGAAGGCCAUCAAGCUGGCAGCCAACGAUUUCUUCCGGCAGCUGCUGAUGGAAGACGGGAUGCAGCGGAACCUGAAGAUGGAGAUGCUGGCGGGAUGCGGAGCUGGAAUAUGCCAGGUGGUGGUUACCUGCCCCAUGGAAAUGCUCAAGAUUCAGCUGCAGGAUGCUGGGCGCUUGGCCAUCCAGCAUCAGGGCUCCGCCUCAGCGCCCCCCGCCGCCUCCGGGUCCUAUGUUCCUGGCUCGCCGUCCGCCUCCAAGCGCCCGUCGGCCACCCUCAUCGCCUGGGAGCUGUUUCGUACCCGAGGCCCGGCUGGUCUCUAUAAGGGGCUGGGUGCCACUCUCCUCAGAGAUAUUCCCUUCUCCAUCAUCUACUUCCCACUGUUUGCCAACCUGAACAGCCUUGGCAUCAAUGAAUUGACCGGGAAGGCCUCCUUUGCACAUUCCUUUGUAUCAGGCUGUGUGGCAGGCUCCACAGCUGCUGUGGCGGUUACACCUCUGGAUGUUUUGAAAACGCGAAUCCAGACCCUGAAGAAAGGCCUGGGUGAGGACAGCUACAGCGGGGUCACUGACUGUGCCAGGAAAGUCUGGCUUCAGGAGGGACCAUCUGCCUUCAUGAAAGGAGCGGGCUGCCGGGCCCUCGUCAUAGCCCCCCUCUUCGGGAUUGCCCAAGGUGUCUACUUCCUCGGGAUAGGAGAGCGCAUCUUAAAGUUCUUUGAGUAGACGUAGUGGGGCACGGGCCCCUGCACCUGCCACCGUCUUUCUAGCCCCCGGCACCUCGAGCAAGAUGGCUCGGCCGUGCCGUGUGUUGUCCUCUAACGUAGUGCUACCUCAAUCUUGGAAGAAACCACCAUAUACUAACAAGCAGGCUGGGUAGGGCCCUGUUCUCCCUUCAUGGUUCUGCAUUUGUUUUCUCUGGGGCUGUAGCUCCCAGGGACUUCGGCAGCCCCUAACAACCUACUUUCCACCACGGUGAAAACAGU